AUGCCGCUUCAGAAAUCAUACUCUGAGCGUGUAGGCUUGUCAAAGAACCGCAGUCCAUGGCAACGAUCACACAGCCACCCUGCCAAUCUACAGGCGCAAAGACCAAGACCUUUGCCGCCGGUUUCCGAUGUAACAAAGAGAAAGCUUAGCCGGUUCCAGUAUAAACCGGUCGAAGAUGAUGAUUCUCCAGCUUCUGCUUUGGGCGAGGCCAGUGGUACGCCCAACAAGCUCCAGAAUAUCGCGGCUGCAAGGGCUAGCCUUGCGGGGGAUGCUGUCACACCUGUGACUCGAUUAAACUGGAGAGAUCUGCUUGAACCGAAUGCGGCUCCGGCGGAGAACGAGGUCGAUAUCUCCCCAAACGACAAGCUGCUGUGGAAUAACCAGCAAGACUCGUUGUAUGCAGCAGCUUUGUCUCCGAUGAUGCCCCGGAAGGGCAGAAAGCGUGCUCGAAGCUCAUCCCCCUUGUCAUCGCCGGCAACUGAUAUAGGGAGCCUGCCCGCCGUCAAUGUCGACAAGUUGAAGACGGCCCUUCGAUCACCCCACGUCGAUCCAACCAUGGAACUCUGGGACCGAUAUUCGCUGAACGGCCCGGAAGCCAUGACCACGCCUAACGGGGCCGUGAAUCCUUCUCUAGCACAGCUCAUGAUUUCGUCGUCGCCGAAAUCAUUGAGGCACAUGUCUGCUCGCCGGGGCGAUGCCAACUUACGGAGAGCAAUAAGCUGUGGUUUGAAUUGGCCAAAGAGAAGGAAAGUAGAAAGAUCAAAGUCGGGGAGCCAAAGCAAUAGCCAGCAGCGGGAGAUGGAAGCAGCGUCGAAAUCGUCCUUGGUCACAGCAUUAUUGGACACAGUCACGAGCAGUAUUAACGAGCCAACCCCCCCAAGUCGGGCCCAAGAACAGCUCAUGAGAUCGCCGUCACCAAAGAAAAGAAGGCUGUCACCGAAAAAAAAGGAGACGCCGCGUCGGGCGGAGACAGCAGCUCAUCCGUUAGCUUCAUCUUCCGAUUACGGUGACGACGACUUCGAUGAUGAUGCUUUCAUGGAACUGGAAGUCAGCAUGCAAGCCACAGGCACCACCAACACCCCACUACCGGACAGUAUCGAUCAAGGGCAGCCGGGCGGAAGAGAGCUUGAAGGGGAAGGUCAUAGCAACGCGGACCUGGUCGAGGAUCUCAGCGACAUGGACGAGUAUGAUGGCGUUUUUGACAACAUCAUGCAAUCACGGCAAACUGCAACUGGAAUCUCGACGCCCAAGAGACUGUCAAAGCACCCUCUGGCUACGAAACUUGAAGAGAGUCCUGUGGAUGAGUUUGGCAACGACUUGGAUGGUGAUAUCGACUUCGAUGCCGUGGAACUGGCCGCGACCCAAUCGAUACAACAACUGGAGGCGCCAUCCGAAAGUAUGCUCAUCAUUCAAGCCGAUGACUCUAAAGUCACCAGGACAGUGCAUCUUCGGGGCGCUUGGUUCGACACACCUGCGCACAUAAAUUCUUAUGUUCAUGUCAUUGGCUCUUUUUCAGCACGCGGCCAGUGCAUAGUUGACGAUGCACAGAAUCUUUUGAUACUGCAUCCCGAUCAACUCAUAUCAUCCACUGUUGUUGCGGACUCUUUCGGCUGCAUGCGUCGAGCGGUGCUGCAAGACCGCGUAAAGGCUACCAGCGAAGCUUCCCCCCCCCUCGUCUAUGGCACAAUGCUUCAUGAGAUAUUUCAGGAGGCCCUGAUGGCAAACCAGUGGGGUAUGCCAUUUCUAAACCGCGUAGUUGAUAAAAUUAUCGACAAUCAUGUCGAAGAUUUGUACACGAUCAAAGUUGGGUUGUCAAGUGCCAAGGAGCAUCUCCUAUCAAAAAUGACCGAGUUGAGUUACUGGGCAAAGGCCUUUGUCACGCCAAAGCCACAGGCUGAUGCGGUUGUGGAAGAUCGUAAUGGGAAGAAAGCAAAUAUGGCGAUCACAAAGCUGCUCGAUGUCGAAGAGCAUGUCUGGUCGCCUAUGUAUGGACUGAAAGGCAACAUAGAUGCCACCGUCGAAGUUGCCAUGUCCGAUGGAAAACAAACAAGAACCCUAACAGUUCCAUUCGAAGUCAAAACCGGCAAGCAUGCUAACAGCAAUCAUAUGGCCCAAACCGCUCUUUAUACUCUCCUAUUGUCCGAUCGCUAUGAUAUCGAUAUCGCCUAUGGAAUUCUUUAUUACAUGGAAACGUCGAAGACGAUGCGUAUCCCUGCGAUCCAGCACGAGCUGCGACACAUGAUUCUUCAAAGAAACCAACUAGCCUGUUACAUCAGAGAGAGGAGUGUUCAGCUGCCGCCAAUGCUGAAGAGCAAGCAUAUGUGCGGAAAGUGCUACGCCAAAACGUCUUGUUUUACUUAUCAUCGCCUUGCCGAUGACGGAGAUGGCGAAUCUAGUGGCAUGCAUGAGAAGUUUGACGAGCUUGUCAGACACCUAAUGCCAGCCCAUCAAGAAUUCUUUGUGAAGUGGGAAAAUCUUCUCACAAUGGAAGAAAAGGAAAGCCAGAAGACGAAGCGAGAGCUAUGGACAAUGACGAGUACUCAACGUGAGAAGAAGUCGAGAUGUUUUUCUGACGUCAUAAUUGAGGAAGGGUCCGCAUCUGUUGACACUCAGAAUCCGCGCAUCAACCGUUUUCAUUACACAUUUAUAAAGCGAAACCAACAACAUGACUUCUCCUUUAUGGAGUCAGAGUUGACGACCGGUGAGCCCGUGGUUGUGUCGGAUGAAGACGGCCAUUUUGCAUUGGCCAUUGGAUACGUUACUUCUGCUCGCAAGCAACGGAUAAGCGUUGCUGUCGAUAGGCGGCUGCACAACACCAGAACCCGUCAACCCGGAUUUGAUGAAGUCGAUAAUCAAGUAUUUUCCAGCAUCAUGGACGUGACACAGGGAAAAUCCUCAGGCCAGGGACAAUCCAAGACCAGAGGGCCGCCUGUUCGAUACCGACUUGACCAAGACGAAUUCAGCAACGGCAUGGCAACUGUACGGAAUAAUCUGGUGCAAAUGAUGGCAAACGACGUACCCGCAGCGGCUCAGAUCCGGCGUUUGAUUGUUGACCUCGCCACCCCUCGGUUCAAGACAGUCCCAACCCAGUACACAGUUGCAGACGGGGAAAACCUCAACGUCGACCAGAGGCGUGCCAUCGAGAAAGUCAUGAGCACACAAGACUACUCCCUAGUUCUUGGCAUGCCUGGUACCGGCAAGACGACCACAAUCGCUCACAUCAUUCGAGCACUUGUGUCGCAGGGCAAGACCGUAUUGCUCACAUCUCACACUCACACAGCGGUGGAUAACAUCUUGUUGAAGCUCAAGACGGCUAAGAUUCCGGUGCUGCGUCUUGGAGCACCGGCAAAAGUUCAUCCAGAGGUCCAGGACUUUGCGCACCUUGCUGGUCAGCCCAGGAAAACUUUUGACGAGAUCAAGGAAGCUUGGCACGGCACGCCGAUUGUUGCUACUACUUGCUUAGGCAUCAAUCAUCCGGUCUUCCAAGAGCGCUCGUUUGAUUACUGCAUUGUAGACGAAGCGUCACAGAUUACACUUCCCAUUUGCGCGGGACCUAUUCGGAUGGCACGCUCAUUCGUCCUGGUCGGUGACCACAACCAGCUACCUCCGGUUGUGCGAAACGAAGACGCACGUGAAGGUGGCCUUGAUGUAAGCUUGUUUAAGCUGCUCUCAGAUGCUCACCCGGAGGCGGUCGUCAACCUUGAGCACCAGUAUCGAAUGUGCGAGGAUAUCAUGACGCUCAGCAAUACCCUGAUCUAUGAAGGGAAGCUGCGGUGUGGGACAGAAUCACUACGAUGGAAGAAGCUCCAUGUUCCGAAUAUGAAUGCUCUCGGCCAGGUCCACUUCAACGCAUCCUCACUGGCGCAUGCAGGGACACCCAGAUCGUUCUGCACCGGACCGGGCCCGUCCCGAUGUUGGCUGUACGAUCUCCUCGACAGCGAGGCGCGAGUUCGGUUCGUCAACACCGAUACAAUUAGACCUCUGGUCAGAGAGGAGGCCCAAGGAAAGCGAAUCGUGAACUCUGCAGAAGUGCGACUCGUAUCACAAUUGGUAGAAAGCCUUCUUGCGGUCGGGGUGCCCGCGUCCGAAGUAGGUGUCAUGACUCACUACCGAGCCCAGCUGUUCCUUUUGAAAGACCAGCUGAAGGGCUGCGCAGGAGUUGAGAUGCACACCACUGAUCGAUUCCAAGGACGAGACAAGGAAGUCGUCGUUCUAAGUCUUGUUCGAUGCAAUGAAGCAUGCAACAUUGGAGACCUGCUCAAGGACUGGAGGAGAAUCAACGUCGCGUUUACGCGAGCCAAGACGAAGCUUCUGGUUGUGGGAAGCAUGAACACCUUGAAAUACAGCGGCAAGGAGAACAUGCUCAGCAAGUUCAUCUCCCUGAUGGAGGAUCGAGAUUGGAUAUACAACUUGCCGGCAGACGCCCUGGGAAGCCAUCGUUUUGUAGAACCAAGCACAGCCAUGAGCGUCGCCCCGACACCAAAGUCAAAAUCCCCCAACAAGGCGGCAAAGAAGGGCAUGCCGAGCCCUGGAGGCAAGGAGAAUCGUCGACCGUCGCCAAAGAAGGCGAGGAUUGGGCAGCGGGCACUUUUGAAAGGGAAACUGGUCACAAGGGAUAUCCUGAAUGAAAUGACGAAUGGCGCAUACGUGGGUGUCUAG